GAGCGAGUGUCGGGGAGCCGGUACGAGUCGCCGCCGUCAGCGCCUCUAGGUCCGCACAGAGCUUGGGCAGCCGGGACUGGACCGCCGUCGGGGGAGCCUCAGAGCACCGUCCCCAGCUCAGCAUGAUGGACUUGGAGCUGCCGCCGCCGGGGCUGCCGUCCCAGCAGGACAUGGAUUUGAUUGACAUACUUUGGAGGCAAGAUAUAGAUCUGGGGGUGAGCCGAGAAGUAUUUGACUUCAGCCAACGACGGAAGGAGCAUGAGCUUGAAAAACAGAAAAAACUUGAAAAGGAAAGACAAGAACAACUCCAAAAGGAGCAAGAGAAAGCCUUUUUCGCUCAGUUACAACUAGAUGAAGAGACGGGUGAAUUCCUCCCAAUUCAGCCAGCCCAGCAUAUCCCAUCAGAAACCAGUGGGCCUGCCAGCUACUCCCAGGCUGUACACAUUCCCAAACCAGAUGCCCUGUGCUUCGAUGACUGCAUGCAGCUCCUGGCAGAGACAUUCCCAUUCGUAGACGACAAUGAGGUUUCUUCGGCUGCGUUUCAAUCGCUUGUUCCUGAAGCUCCCAGCCUCGUGGAGAGCCCAGUCUUUAUUGCUCCUAAUCAGAAUCAGUCACCCGAACCCCUUAUCCUUCAGCUGAUCAGCGAUUUAGAUAAUAUGCAGCAGGACACUGAGCAAGUCUGGGAGGAACUAUUAUCCAUUCCAGAAUUACAGUGUCUUAAUAUUCAGAACGACAAACUGGUUGAGCCUAGCACAGUUCCAAGUCCAGAAACCAAACAGGCAGAUGCUGACAACAGUUACCAUUUCUACUCAUUGACCCCUUCACUGGAGAAAGAAGUAAGUAACUGCGGUCCACAUUUUCUCAGUGGUUUUGAGGAUUCCUUCAGCAGCAGCAUCCUCUCCACAGAAGACCCCAGUCAGUUGACAGUGAACUCAUUAAAUGCAAACGUCACAGUAAACACAGAUUUUGGUGAUGAAUUUUAUUCUGCCUUCAUAGCAGAGCCCAGUAACAGCAGCAGCAUGCCCCCCUCUGCUACUUUCAGCCAGUCACUCUCUGAACUGCUCAACGGGCCCAUCGAUGUUUCUGAUCUGUUACUUUGUAAAGCCUUCAAUCAAAACCACCCUGAAAGCACGGAAUUCAAUGAUUCUGACUCUGGCAUUUCACUGAACACAAGCCCCAGCUUGGCAUCACCAGAACACUCAGUAGAGUCUUCUAUCUAUGGAGACACACCACUUGGUUUCAGUGAUUCUGAAAUGGAGGAGAUAGAUAGUGCCCCCGCAAGUGUCAAACACAGUGGUCCUAAAACACAGCCAGUACAGCCUUCCGGGGAUAUAGUUCAACCCCUGUCACCAUCUCAGGGGCACAGUGCUCCAACGCAUGAUGCCCAAUGUGAAAACACACAAAAGAAAGAAUUGCCUAUAAGUCCUGGUCAUCGCAAAACCCCUUUCACAAAAGACAAACAUUCAAACCGCUUGGAGGCUCAUCUCACAAGAGAUGAACUAAGGGCAAAAGCUCUCCAUAUCCCAUUCCCUGUAGAAAAAAUCAUUAACCUUCCUGUUGAUGACUUCAAUGAAAUGAUGUCCAAGGAGCAAUUCAAUGAGGCUCAACUUGCAUUAAUUCGAGAUAUACGUAGGCGGGGUAAGAAUAAAGUGGCUGCUCAGAAUUGCAGAAAAAGAAAACUGGAAAAUAUAGUGGAACUGGAGCAAGAUUUGGAUCAUUUAAAAGAUGAAAAAGAAAAAUUGCUCAAAGAAAAAGGGGAAAAUGACAAGAACCUCCAUCUACUGAAAAAACAACUCAGCACGUUAUAUCUUGAAGUCUUCAGCAUGCUACGAGAUGAAGAUGGAAAACCUUACUCCCCCAGUGAAUACUCCCUGCAGCAAACGAGAGAUGGCAAUGUAUUCCUUGUUCCCAAGAGCAAGAGGCCAGAUGUUAAGAAAAACUAGGUGUGGGAAGAUCUGACCUUUUCUGAGCUAGUUGUGUGUGUGUGUGUGUGUGUGUACUGUUAUGUAUACUAAAAGCUCCUACUGUGAUGUGAAAUGCAGAAAUACUUUAUAAUUCUAUGCAAAAUUAUAGUCAAAACUAAUGUAGAAUAUAAAAUUUUAAAAGCAUUAAAUGUUAUCAGUAUGCUGAAAUCAGUUUUACUUUAACUGCAAACUUAAUUUCUUAGAGCACCAUUUGAGAGAGUUUCUGUACACAUGUAAAUACUACAAAAACUUAUACUGUUCUUAUCUCAUUUGUUACAUUCAUAGAUUUAUAUGUUUUGACAUUUGGCUAAAAGCAAAUUGUUGCAAAACUAACCACUAUGUACUUUUUUAUAAAUGUUAUAUGAACAAAGAAAUGGCCUUUUUUAUAUUAAAUUGUUUAGCUCUGGCAAAAAAAAAUUCAGUUGAAAAGCUGGUACUAAUAAAUAUUAUGAUUGUUAAA